CUAACGCUGCGUAAUGGGAUGAAAAGGAGCUGGUAGCCUAUCAUUUUGCAGAGCCAUAAUUAGUAAUGAAUCGUUUCUUUGAUUUCAGAGAUAGAGAAACGGCAAGGUCCUCGGUCUCUGGCGGGAUUAAAACAUAACCAGACAGCUUAGCUGAAUACUUGCAUUAAGAAUCAGAGUACUGAAACCAUGAAAUUCGCGUGUGCGUAUUAACUAUUUAUCGGACUCAAGAGUCACGACUCGCAGAGGCAGCAGAUUUAUGACAUUAACGUAAACUGCGGUGUUAGGACACUAAGGCAUACAGAAAAUGUUUAUGCACGUUGAACAUUAAGGCGAUCCGGAAAGCCGAAGAACCAGUCGUCUUUUAUUACAUUUCCGUUGAGGGUUUUAUGGAAGAAGAGAGGAAUGCAAGACACAUGCGUUUUAUAUACAUGUAGGAAGCCACCUUCGAAUUUCGUCUUCAGCCUUUUACAGGGGUUGCGGUUAGUGUUUUCCUAGGUAGGACGACUGAAAAGGCAAGCGAGCGGGCGCGAGAUGCAGAAACACCCUGGACUACUCAAUUAUUGGUUAAUUCUUGCCACGUAUACGAUGAUGCAGUGUACUAUUUUGCAUUUGCAGGUAGCGAUGUAACAAUUAAACUCCGAGUAUGUAAAUGGACCGAAGAAGGUAAUGAAAAUACAGAGGCUUACAGGAAUUAUGCAGCCAUAUAAAUUGUGACACUUCAAGUAAUCUGGCUAAUGUUUCAUUCUUUAAAGUGUGCGUUUUUUUCAAUGACUAGCUGUUCUCGAUUGACGUUAAGUAAUCGGGAAAGUCUAGGUUAUAGUGGACAGGUAAGCAAUUGGUUAUAUCAUAAAAUGUAUAGUUGGAUAGAUCGACUUUAAUGUUGAAUAUGUGCACGAAAGACAACUGUGAUGGUUUUCUAAGUAUACUCUUAGACUGCCACACCGCAAUUACAGAUGAGCAUUUUAGAAUCACCAUAUUAGGUAUGCAAGCGUGCAAGCUGACUGACGGGGUGGUGUGGUGGGGGUGGUGCUGAAGGGACAGCUCCUCGUAAAUCUGUAGGUCAAUAGAAGGCACUCGGAUACCUCUGUGACUAGAGCCGUGAUUUCUAGAAGCAAGGACCGCCAUGAACCAACCAAGUUCGCCGUCCACCAGAUCAGCUUUUCAAAAUGUUGUGCAAGUAAUAUCACUCAGACCAUGAAGAGGCAAAACGUGAGAACCCUAGCUCUUAUCAUCUGUACCUUUACUUAUUUAUUGGUUGGAGCAGCAGUAUUCGAUGCCCUGGAAUCCGAGAACGAAACCUCGCAGAAAAAAAUUUUGGACGACAGAAAAACAGAUCUAAUGACCAAAUACAACCUUACUAAAGAAAACUUUGACGAUCUAGAAGGAGUGGUUCUGCAACUGAAACCCCACAAAGCCGGAGUGCAGUGGAAAUUCGCAGGAUCCUUCUAUUUUGCCAUCACUGUGAUUACAACUAUAGGAUAUGGACAUGCUGCUCCAAGUACAGAUGGUGGAAAGGUGUUUUGUAUGUUUUAUGCCCUUCUUGGGAUUCCUUUGACUCUGGUGAUGUUCCAAAGCCUGGGUGAGAGGAUCAACACAUUUGUUAAGUACCUCCUGCAUCGCAUUAAGAAGUGCCUUGGACUAAGAAGGUCAGAAGUUUCAAUGGCAAAUAUGGUGACUAUUGGCUUUUUCUCGUGCAUCAGUACACUAUGUAUUGGUGCAGCUGCCUUCUCACAUUAUGAAGACUGGUCUUUUUUUCAGGCUUAUUACUACUGUUUCAUUACACUCACCACCAUUGGAUUUGGAGAUUAUGUAGCUCUACAAAAAGACCAUGCCCUGCAAAACAAUCCCCAAUAUGUGACAUUCAGCUUUAUUUACAUACUCACUGGGCUGACAGUAAUUGGAGCUUUUCUAAACCUAGUAGUGCUGCGUUUCAUGACCAUGAAUGCUGAGGAUGAAAAACGAGAUGCAGAACACCGAGCUUUGCUCACCCGCAAUGGUCAAGCAAGCAUGUGUGGACCAGCAGACACUGUGACUUCUGCAGCUUCUGCUGGCCGUGGUUUGCGCAAUGUGUAUGCUGAAGUUCUGCAUUUACAGUCCAUGUGUUCUUGCCUUUGGUAUAAAAGCAGGGAAAAGCUGCAGUAUUCUAUACCCAUGAUUAUACCCAGAGAUCUUUCCACAUCUGACACUUGCAUAGAGCAGAAUGAGGUCUCGUCAGGCAGAUUCCCUGAACUACGGUCUAAUGGCUGCAUUUGUAAUAUGCAGCAGCACUCCACCAUUAGCUCAGUCUCUACUGGGCUGCAUAGUCUCUCUACAUUCAGGCAACUGAUGAAAAGAAGAAGCUCAGUCUAGAAGGACUUGUAAUUGUUACACUAAGAACACAAAAACAAUACAGGAGAACUUUAUAAAUAUUCUAGACAAACUUUUUGGAAUGUUAAUCUGGAAUAAACUGUACACCUUUUGAUAGAUUUACUUAUAUAAAUAUUUAAUUGUUUUCAAAGAAAAGAAUGCAUAAUUUUCUACAAAGUAUUGGUUCAAGUGCAUCAGUAUAAUCAUAGAAGAAAUUGUAUUUUAUAAAGCAUAACCAAUGAAAUACAGUGGUAUCUGGAAUGCUACUGGAAAUUUGCAUUUUUAAAAAUGUAUUUGAAGUAUAAAGUGGCAUAUGAGUUUGAGAGUAGCAUUCAUAAUGUUAUUCUUACAAUUUAAGCCCUCUUGACUAUUGCAUAGUUUUAAAAUUUAGUUUCAUGUCAAGCAAUGAAAUCAAUUAAGAAUAAAUUUGUGUAAGUAUUAACACCCAUCACAUUAUUUCUUAAGUUACUUUUGUGUUAGAAUGGGAGCUUUAAAUGUCUAUAAGCUCUGUGGCGAUAUUACCAACAAUUCUUUGCACAUUUGCUGCAGCUCUCAAACUUGUUUUGCCAUUGCUGAUGCUUCACUGUUAGGGUUUUAAAGUGAUGACUUUGGCAGACCAUAUUUGUAGUCCUGAAGAAAGAUGAUUUUUAAUCCUCACUUCAAUUUAUACCCUACCUAUUCAUAUUUACCUCAUUUGUUUAUAUUUAGUACUAGCAAGUUUCCCAGUCUAAGGUGAAGAGAAGUGGUUAUUGUGCACAGGACCAUAAAUUGUUGCUUUUUUUUAGUUUUCUCUCAUAUACUUGAUUGCUUGAUGGUAUUUUUUGUCAACAAAUAACUAAUUGACUCUGUGCUCAGGGGAAAUAGAAAUACUUGUCGAACACCUAAAUGCACUUUCCCCUCAAAAUGCUGAAAGAGCGGCAAUGGACAACUUCAGGUAAGGAAUGUUUCAAAAACACAUAAUCCCUCUCACCCAUACAUCUCAUGAUGACUCUGCAUCACACUGUACACUUAACUGUAGGUAUGUGAUUACUUAGAAUGUGACAGUGUUAAGUUUUCUCUAUGCAAAAAGGUAUUCUUUUAGUCUUAUUUUUUCACAUCUUUGUUUAAUGUGCAGUCCAGGAGGCUACAUGUGGGUUUUUUUUAAUUCUUUUCAAAUUGCACCACAAUGUACUAGUCAAAAAUAAGGUUAUUGUCUCCACUAAUAUUUUAAUGCAUUUUACUUAUCUAGUCAUCUGAUACUGAUUUUUGCACAUUGCAGUGAAUAUAUUUGGCUGACAAAACUAUUUAAGACAGAACAUGUGAGUUUUAGCAAAAAAUUACAAUGUGUCAUUUUUAAUACAGGAUGUCCAGUGUUUAAUGCUGUUGUCUUACUGCUCCAUGAUACUUGGUUGAAAUCCCAGUCCAGUCCGUUGCUUUUUAUUUGUUCUACAUGUCUGUAAUUUUACUCUGUGUUAUCUGCUUCCUCUAUCAGGUAAGCCGGUCCACUUUGUGUGGCUAUUUGAAUGCAUUAUACUAUGAAUCAACAACCUGUCCUACCUUGUUUUAAUUCCUGCUGUAAUAGACAGGACUCCAGGCAGACUUAUAUCAAACAUUAACAGAGCAGUUGGGUUGAAUAAUUUUUAAUUUCAUUAUGGGUCUGAUAAAAGCAAUCCAUGAUCCUGUUGGUUUAUGUGAGGUCAAGAUCUACAGCAAUCACAGUGCAUAGCUGUUGCAAUAUUUGAAAAUUAGCCAUAUUUUUCCUGUUUUAUUCAUAUAAAAUAUUUGUUCAAGCAUUUUAGGCCUUAUUAGGACGAAUACCUUAUGAAAGUUUGUAGAAUAAAGGAUGUUGGUUUAUAAUAUUCCUCACAAAUCUGGAUUAGAAUAUGGAGGAUCAAAUAUAGAGAGAGAUAUGGAAGGCUUGUAAAUUAACCAAAAAUGUUCUGGAAUUGCACAUCAAGAAACAGGAUUAGUUAUGUGUUAUUAUUAUCUCUGUUAUUUUCAAGCCAUUGGACUUCAUUGUAUGCUAAUGUGUUUGGCAAUAAACAUUUCUCUGGGAUGCAAUGAAUGUUUUCUUUUUCUUUGAAACUCAUUGUAAAAAUUGUUGAUUGCUUAAUUUGUUUGUAUAUUUCUAAGUUUUCAAAACCUAAUGACUUUUCAAUGAAAAUAAUUAAUGUAGCAGAAGGCCUAUUUUAUGGUUAACAUGCCAACUAAAUCAGAUUUCUGUAUAUUGAUCACCCAAUCGCCACCCAAUAAGGAUAUUGCACAAUUUUCUAAGCUUUAGAAAAUAUUAAUCAGAUUCACAAGGCAAUGUAGAAGUACCUGAAUGCUAUUAUAUUAACUUUGGAUAUUUUUAUUAGAUAUGUUUUCUAGUUGUUUUAAUUUGAAUGCUUUUUUAUAAAAUUUUUUAUGGAGGGCAGGUUAGCUCAUUUGGAGUAGAUUAAUUAAUUCAUAUCACAAUAGAAAUUUUGGAUGUCAUCUUCUUGGAGGAAUUAUUUUUUCAUUACAGAAUAUAUGAAACUUAAG